AUGGCAUCCUUGACUUGGAGCGCCGUGCAGCCUGGGCACGAUAACUACCUCCUCCCCGCUCUUCUCGUGUGCCUGGUAUUAUUCGCACUGUACAGGUGGUCUCUUUCGACAGAUAUUCCGUAUAUCAAAGGCAUCCCAGAGAUCCCGGGCGCAGCGCCUAUCUUUGGCCACUUGCUCAAACUGGGCGAAGAUCAUGCCAGCGUGUGUGAGAAGUGGUUCAAACAGUACGGCCAUUCGGUCUUCCAAAUAAAGCUAGGCAAUACGCGUGCAGUGGUAGUCAACUCGUUUGAUGACGCUCGCCGCAUGCUCGUGGGACACCAGAACGCUGUCAUUGACCGCCCAACACUGUACACUUUCCAUGGCGUCAUUUCAUCUACACAAGGCUUUACUAUCGGUUCCUCGCCAUGGGAUGCGUCCUGCAAGAACAAGCGGAAGGCUGCUGGCACCGCCCUGGGACGACCGGCCAUGCGCGGGUACCACGACAUGUUCGACCUUGAAUCUUACUGUAUUAUGCGAGAUCUCUUCUCCGACUCCAAAAACGGCGCUCUCGAGGUCAGCGUCCGGCCUUACAUCCAGAGAUUUGCGCUGAACACAACUCUUACACUUUGCUAUGGAAUCCGCAUGGAUAAUGUCUACGAUGAUAUGCUUCGUGAAAUCCUGCACGUAGGAUCUGCGAUAUCUCUCCUACGCUCCGCCUCGGAGAACUACCAAGACUACGUCCCGAUCCUUCGCUAUUUCCCCAACAACGAGAAAAACCGCCGCAGCAAAGAGCUCCGCGACCGACGCGACAAGUACCUCAACUUCUUGCUCAACAAAGUCCGAGAUAUGAUCCAGCGUGGCACAGAUAAACCCUGCAUCAGUGCCGCUAUACUCAAAGACCAAGAGACUAAGCUCACCGGUGUCGAAGUCUCGUCCAUCUGCCUCUCUCUUGUCUCUGGCGGCUUCGAAACAAUCCCAGGCACCUUGACGUCCUGCAUUGGCAGCCUGGCAACCGCCGAAGGCCAGAUUUUCCAGGACCUCGCCUACGCCGAUAUCCAACGCUACUAUGGCACCACCUCCGACGUCUGGGCAAACUCUUUCCUCGAGGAGAAGGUCCCUUACGUCAACGCCAUCAUCAAAGAGGCCGCCCGCUACUACACCGUCUCGGCCAUGUCUCUCCCGCGCAAGACCGUCACCGACAUCGAAUGGGACGGCGCCAAGAUCCCCGCGAAGACCAUGAUCCUCAUCAACGCACAGGCCGCCAACCACGAGACCGGCCACUGGGGACCCGACGGCCACGUCUUCAACCCGGAGCGCUGGCUCGACACCCCGUCCGAGAAAGGUGUGCCAGAAGAGCUGCCCGCGCAGGGUAUCCAGCACUACUCUUUCGGCGCGGGCUCCAGGGCUUGCUCCGGCCAGUUCAUCGCCAGCAGGCUGUUGUACACGGCGCUCAUUCGGAUUCUGAGCUGCUACAAGAUCGUCGCGAGCGAGAGUGAGCCGCCCAAUACGGACUAUGUCGACUACAAUCAGUUCAAGAGCGCUCUCGUGGCGAUUCCGAGGGACUUCAAGGUCAAGUUGGUGCCGAGAGACGGGGUGGACAUUGCGAAGGUGUUGGGCGAGGCGGAGGCUCGGACGAGGGGCUACUAUGUCGAGUGA